UGGAACAAUGUAGUCCCACUGGCUCUCAGCUCCUGCUCCAUUCAGUCCCAGCCUGGUACACUGGACCAUGCAGAGCUCCUGCAGCCCCAUCCUCUUCCUAGUCUACUGCCUCCUGGCUGGCUGCCUGACACUGACUUUCUACGAUGAUGAUACUAACAACACGGGUGAAAAUGAAGAUGGCCCCACCAAUAACACUUCAGUAUUUCCCAUCCCAAGGAGCAUCCCUGGGCAGAAGAUGAAAAUUAAUAACACUAUCUACCUGUAUCUGGAGAAUGAGCUCCGGAAGCUCCUGUUUAGCUGGGUCUCCACAAGCUUGGUACCUUCCCUCUACACUCUUGUCUUCUUGGUGGGCUUGCCAGCCAAUGGCUUAGCCUUGUGGGUGCUGGCUACCAAGAUCCAGAGGCUGCCUUCCACCAUUUUUCUGAUGAACCUUGCUGUGGCUGACCUGCUCCUGGUUCUAGUCCUCCCCUUCAAGAUCUCCUACUAUUUUCUGGGCCACAACUGGAUUUUUGAGGAGGGCCUUUGCCGCCUGGUGACUGCUUUCUUCUAUGGAAAUAUGUACUGUUCCAUGUUACUCCUUGCCUGCAUCAGUCUGGACAGGUACUUGGCCAUCGUCCAGCCCUUUUUCUCCCGCUCUGUGCGCAGCCCAGCCUUUGCCAGCUGCCUCUGUGUCGUGGCGUGGCUUGGGGCGGCCUCCCUCACCCUGCCCCUGACUGUCUUUAGGCAGUCCUACCCCCUGCACGGCAGCUCUGGGCUCAUCGUGUGCCACGACGUGCUUCCUGAAGAUGAGCAGACUGGCCAUUUCCUGAACAUCUUCGUCUGCUUGGUUGUGCUGGGCUUCCUCCUCCCACUGCUGGUCAUUCUCUUUUGCUACAGCUCUGUCAUCUGCGCCCUGGCAGCCAGUGGGGAGAAGUACAGCCAUGCCAUCAAGCUCACAGUGCUGGUGCUGGCCUCGGUGGUUGUACUCUUCACCCCCAGCAACUUUCUCCUGCUCAUCCACUAUUCGGAUCCCAAGGCCAACGGCUUUGGAAAACUCUACCUAUGGUAUGUCCUCAGCUUGGCCAUCAGCACCCUCAACAGCUGUGUGGACCCGUUCAUCUAUUACUAUGUGUCUGAGGAGUUCAGGGACAAAAUCAAAGGAAAGCUUUGUCACCAGCACAGGAGCAGGCUCGCAGUCCAGAAAACUUCCAAGGAAGAUGUCCCUGGGCUGGGUACCCGCUCUACAUCUCUCCUUUAGAGAUUCAUGGGCUCUGGCACCGAAUCUGGCCUACAGGUGGCUCCAGGACAGAUGGGCCUGUUCUGUGUCAGCUCCAGAGGAAUCUCUGGUAUAUUCUGGUAACCCUCCUUUGUCACUGGCCCAAAGGUGCCCUGUAAUUGCCACCCUCAUCCUUGUCUCACCAAACUGGAGAGAUGAGAGGGGUUAGGCAUGGGGGCGUCAGCCGCCUGCCUCCCUGCUUCCAUUUUCAAGAGGACUUUUCACAAUCCUUGAAGCUCCAACCCCACUUCCAAGGAAGGCGAGUACCUUCUUUCCUGUUGGAUAAAUACUGAUGGCUCUGAGGGUGCCUGUCCUGGAGAAGCGAAAACUCAGUGGGGACAGCGUGGGGGAGUGGGGAGCACAUAACAGACACUAUCUGCCUUCUAGUGAGUGAAGGAAAGAGAUCAGAAUAUUCUGUUUGGCCAAAGAAGGAAGAAACAGGACCAAGACUGGGAGAGGAGGGGUAACUAGGUGGCUCAGAGGAUAGAGAGUGCUAGACAUAGAGACAGGAGGUCCUGGGUUCAAAUCUGGCCUCUGGCACUUCCCAGCUGUGUGACUCUGGGCAAAUCACUUAGCCCCAAUUGCCUAGCCCUUAAUGCUCCUCUGCCUUGGAAGGAUUGUCAGAGCAGUUUCAGCUUUUGCUGCUACUAAGCCACCCCACUCUUCUGCUUUGCAACCCACGCACAGUAUUGAUUCGGAGAUGGAAGGUGAGGGUUAAAAAAAACAACAGAGUGAUGGAGGGACUAGUAUACACAUUUUGACCAAUAUGAGAAAAAUGUUCUAACAAUAGAGCCGCAAAAAAGGAGAAUGGGCUGCCCAGGGGGAGGUGAAUUCCUAGAGGUAUUGAAGGAAAUGCUGGACAAUGACUUGGCAUGUUCUGUAGUUCUGUUAUGCCACACUUCAGGAAAGGAUUUGGAAGUCACGGAAGACCCUUCCAACUCCAACAUCCCAUGCCUGGUUUUAUUGGGAUCUGUCCUUGCCGGCUGAACUUUCAAGAUCCCAGAUCCCUCCCUCCUCAGUUGAAGUAGGUGUGGCCCCUGAGAGAGGAAAGGGGCCUCAAGGGUGAGGCCUGGCACCCAAAACAUGCAGCUGGGACAAGUUGGUGUCUUCUUCAGCAGCCACCUGGGCCAUGCUGGCUGGGUUUAUUCUGCCCCAUCAGUUGGAAGGCAUUUAGGACACAGAAAAUCAGAGUUGGGGGGACCCUUACAAUCCAGGUCAUGGCUGGGAAGACCAUUGGAGCACAGAAUAUCAGGGUGAGGAGUGACCUUAGGACACAGACUGUUGGAAUUGCAACAGUCCUUAGAGAUCAGCUAAUCUAACUACCUUUACUUCAGUAUAUAUGGGAUGCAAGAGAAGCCCCGAGAGGGCUCAUGGGGUCAAAGAUUGGAGUCUAGAAGGGACCUUGGAGGUCAUCAAAUUCAUUUUACAGAUAAGGAAACUGAGGCUGAGAAGUUAAAUUACUUGCUCAGAAUGUCACAGCUAUUAAGUAUUUGAGGCAGGAUACAAACUCAGGGUUUCCCAAGUCCAUGUCCAACUAUCUGAUGCCCCUCAUUUAUACCAACUCCCUCAAUAGACAAAAGAAGAAAAGGAAACUGAGGGCGUCUAAGUAAUUUUCACAAGAUCACAUGGGUAAUAAAGUAGAAUUUGAACCCAGCGCCUGGUUACAAAUCCUGGUUACCAAUCUCUUUGCUAUAUCAGUCUUUUCAUCAUUCAGUGGCAAAGUUGGUUCUCGAAUUCAGGUCUCAGACUCUAGCCAGGAGCAGGCUCUCAUUCUGUUUCUCUUUGCCACAGUCCACUGGGGCUCUUCAUGAGGUGUCUUUCUGCUUUUGUACAGUUAAAAUUGGCACUUGAGCUGGGCCAUUCUCAGGACAGAAGGCUACUGGCAAAUGUUGAUAACCUGACUUUGUCAAAAGACUAAGCCAGGACUGGGGCCUCCACAGGCCCUUCCCUAAAGAAACCAGGAAGGACCUCAAUCACAUCUAAUCAGACCCUUUUAUCUUACACUGAGGAAAGAAAGGCUUACCUCACCUAUAGAUUAAGUGACCUGUCCAGGGCCACUUAGCCAGGAAAUAGCUAGAUUUAAGCCCAGGUCCUCCAGGUUCUAAAUCCUAUGCUCAAUCCAGUCUGCUAGAUGGCCAUGGGUCCUCCUUCAGGCUUUGACCAGAGUUCUUCUAGAUGAGGAAAUGAGAAUUUUGCAGGUGGAAACAAGCAAACUUACCAUUCAAGGGAUGCGGAGGAUGGGAGGUUGGAGGGAGGAGAGAAGAAGGUAGAGAGGGAAUAGAAGAGUCAGCAUUUGACUGGAGGCUUGUGGAAUGAAGGGAGCAGCACUAGGAAUCUUGCCUAUUCCUGCAAAAUCCUUUCAAUAAUAUCCUGGAAUUUGGAGUUUCUCUGACCUUGGUGACUCGACCUACUCUCUGAAAGAGCCAGUGGGCAAAUGGGAUGAUAAAUGCCCAUUGGAGGACGAGGUUGGAGCCUCAGGGAGGAUCUGUUCUAACAAGAACCUGGGGUUCUCUCACUUCCUGCCUGGCCAGCCCUACUUUAUAUGAUGGUAACGGGACUCCUCCACUCUCUCCCUGCUAGCCCCAUUGCAGAAAGAAUGUCUGUCUUGCUGGGCUAGGCACUUUCCAGCAGCCAGUAAUAAGAGCCCCUAUUUCUAGGGCUCUUUGGGAUCUGCAAAGAACUUUACCUAGAACAGUUCUCUGAGGCAAGAGAGGUAGCAGGGCAGACACGGAGUCUGCAGUCAGAAAACGCAGGUUCUAAUCCUGACUCUGAGAACCAGAGAAUCCACGAGCCGGGGAAGUGCCCUUGGAAGGCAGUUAGUCUGACUCCAAAGAGAGGAAACCGGCCAACAGCGGAUGCCCAAUCUCAUCCUUUCCUGAUCCCCCUCCAUCCUGCUGCCCUGUCUACAUCUUGUACGCAUAUAGUUUGCAUGUCAUCUCCCCCAUUAGACUGGAAACUCCUUGUGGGCAGGGACUGCUUUGUGCCUUUCUUUGUAUUCCCAGAACUGAGUAGGUGCUUAAUAAAGGUUGGUUAAUGA